AUGGAGUCCAGCACAAAGACUCCAGAAGAGAGGCAGUAUGUCAAUAUGCAGUGGGCAUUGUUCUUUUACGAGUGUGGCAUUCCAUUCAACGCUGCAAGUAGUAGGCAGUUUGAGGUUGCAAUUGAAGCCUCUUGUCAAUAUGGGUCAGGUUACAAGCCUCCUAGUGCACAUGAGCUGAGAGAGAAAUUGCUUAAUGAUUGUGUGAAGGAAACAGGACUUUUGAGGAGGCAACACGAGGCAGCAUGGAAAAAAUAUGGAUGCACACUCAUGUCGGAUGGCUGGUCGGAUAAAAGAGGACGCCAUUUGAUUAACUUCCUUGUUAAUAGUCCAGAGGGCACUUUCUUCUUGGAGUCGGUUGAUGCCUCAAGUGUAUGUCAUGAUGGUGAUAUGAUAGCUGAUUUGCUUGAGAAGAGAAUUCUGGAUGUUGGAAAAGAGAAUGUGGCAUUUAAGAAGCCUAUUGCAGGGGCUAGACGUGUCACAACUUUCAUCUAUAGACAUGGAAGACUUCUUAGUCUAAUGAGGAAGGCCACGGGUGGGGAUCUUGUGAGACCAGCAGCCACUCGUUUUGCCACAGCCAUCCUCACACUUAGGAGUUUGGUCAAGAACAAGGCUGCAUUGAGGAGUUUAUUUACAUCUGAAGAAUGGGUUGGAAACAAGUUAGCAAAAACACAAGUUGGCUUGAAUGUGCAAGAGAUUAUACUUUCAACGGAGUGGUGGAGCGCAAUUGAGGACUGCCUUAGAGCUUCAACUCCACUUCUUAGAGUUCUUAGAGUAGCAGAUGGUGAUGAGAAGCCUGCCAUGCUAGAGAUUAAAGCACUUAUGAUUUAUGCAAAGGAGAGGAUCAAUCUAGGUUUCCCUCAACAAAACAAGCAACCAUUGCUCAAGAAGAUCU